AUGGUGGUGCUGCCAUUAGACUGUAGAAGGCAGAAGAAGAGGAAUGUUGAGAGUCCCCCCACCACCGACCCAGAGUCCCCCCCCCCCACCCCCACCGACCCAGAGUCCCCCCACCACCGACCCAGAGUCCCCCCACCACCGACCCAGAGUCCCCCCACCACCGACCCAGAGUCCCCCACCACCACCACCGACCCAGAGUCCCCCCACCCCACCACCGACCCAGAGUCCCCCCACCCCACCACCACCACCGACCCAGAGUCCCCCCACCACCGACCCAGAGUCCCCCCACCACCACCGACCCAGAGUCCCCCCACCCCCACCGACCCAGAGUCCCCCACCACCCCCACCCCACCCCCACCGACCCAGAAGUCCCCCACCACCCCCACCCCACCCCCACCGACCCAGAGUCCCCCACCACCGACCCAGAGUCCCCCCCCCACCCCCACCGACCCAGAGUCCCCCCACCACCGACCCAGAGUCCCCCCACCACCGACCCAGAGUCCCCCCACCACCACCGACCCAGAGUCCCCCCACCACCACCGACCCAGAGUCCCCCCCCACCACCCCACCGACCCAGAGUCCCCCACCACCCCCACCCCACCCCCACCGACCCAGAGUCCCCCACCACCGACCCAGAGUCCCCCCCCCACCCCCACCGACCCAGAGUCCCCCCACCACCGACCCAGAGUCCCCCCACCACCGACCCAGAGUCCCCCCACCACCACCGACCCAGAGUCCCCCCACCACCACCGACCCAGAGUCCCCCCACCACCACCGACCCAGAGUCCCCCCACCACCACCGACCCAGAGUCCCCCACCACCCCCACCCCCACCCCACCGUGCGCCGUCCCCAUCUCAGCCACUGAUCUCAGCAUCCCAUCAGGCUCUCCCUGA